GCGGAAAGUUGCGGGGCGGCGCCGGCCGAGGACUUGUCCAAGGUGUCGGAUGAGGAGCUGCUCAAGUGGAGCAAGGAGGAGCUGAUCCGCAGCCUCCGCCGCGCCGAGGCCGAGAAGAUGAGCGCGAUGCUGGACCACAGCAACCUCAUCCGCGAGGUGAACCGCCGCCUCCAGCUCCACCUCGGCGAGAUCCGCGGCUUGAAGGAUAUCAACCAGAAGCUCCAAGAAGAUAACCAAGAACUGAGAGACCUUUGCUGCUUUCUGGAUGAUGACAGGCAGAAAGGCAAGAAGGUGUCCCGUGAAUGGCAGAGACUGGGCAGAUACAGUGCUAGUGUUAUGCACAAAGAGGUUGCCUUAUACUUACAGAAGCUGAAAGAAUUGGAAGUGAGACAAGAAGAAGUGGUUAAGGAAAACCUGGAGCUGAAAGAAUUGUGUGUGUUGCUGGAUGAGGAGAAAAGUGGUGGAGCAGGCAGCCGGAGCUCUAUCGACAGCCAAAUCAGCCUGUGCCAGUUAACCGCAACGAGUACUUACAUAAGAGAUGUCGGUGAUGGGAGUAGUACUUCUAGCACGGGAAGUACAGACAGUCCAGACCAUCAUAAACAUCAUCCAAGUACUAGUCCAGAACAUCUUCAAAAAACUCGGGGUGAAGGAAGCCCUGAGCAUCAGAAACACAGGAGUAUCAGCCCAGAGCACCUUCAGAAGCCUAGGAGUUCUGGCAGUCCUGAUCAUCACCUGAAAGGACCGAGUCCGGAACAUCACAAAACCAUUGUCAAAGCACCUGAACAACAAAAGCACAGCAGCAGCAGUCCAGAAACUAUCCCAAAGCAUGUUUUGAGUAGUAGUCCUGAACACUUUCAAAAGCAGAGGCCUGGUAGUAGCCCUGAGCAUCAAAAGCACAGCAGUGGCAGCCCAGAUCAUCUUCAAAAACACACGCCAAGUGGAAGUACAGAACAUCUCCACAAAGUGAGGGGUACGAGCCCUGAGCAUCUCAAACAACACUACGGAGGGAGCCCAGAGCAUCUCAAACAUCUCAGCGGAGGCAGCAGAGAAGGUACCCUCAGGAGACAAGUAACAGAUGACCUGUCACCUCACCACAGAAGUAUAUACAAUGGAAUGAAUGAAUCAACCUUGUCCUAUGUUAGGCAGCUGGAGGCAAGAGUAAGACAGCUGGAGGAGGAAAAUCGCAUGCUGCCCCAGGAUCCCAUUAGGAUGCCAGGAGGGGCGGAGGGGAGUUACUGCUCUGCAAACGAGCCAGCUAGCGUCAGUGGACAUGGCUCAGCCUCUCAGCAGUCUGACUCAGUGGUAAAUGCUCUGAAGGUUGUGUGGAGGAAACUUGGAGAUGCUGCAGGGUCGUGCCCUGGAAUUAGACAACAUUUGUCAGGAAAUCAGUAUAAAGGACCUAUGUAA